CGCGAGUGUGUCGAGAGCAAUGGUCCGUUAUCUAUCGCUAAUGGAAAGUGGCAAUGGCACUUCCAUUUUCCAAAUUCCAGUAGAAUAGGCAAAGGCAACAACACGUUCAUUCAAUUGCAAUUAUUAUUAUUAUUAAUAUUAUCGCCAUUAUUUAUUAUUUAUAUUAAUUCUAAUUCAUCCAUCUUGUAAUUUGCGUAUGAUCACCACUCACAAUUUUCAAUCCUCUCUACUACAAGACAAAUUUUCCAUUCCGGCAUCUCCUUCAGCCUACGUGCACAGAUUCCCCCAAUUCGUUUAACAAACAAAGAACAACACAACCUCGUUCCAUCGUUUGCGACAAAGUCGGUUGUUGUCUUUGUGUUGAGCUUAUGGCUAUGGCGUCUCUGAUUCAGUGUUCGGCUACUUCCUUUUCCGCAACUCGAGGAGGAGACUCUGCUGGCUUCUUUUCCCCCUUCACUGCCCGUUUCUCAAAGACCUACAAGUGUCGGGUUAGAUGCUCCUUAGAUGAUAAUGUUUCCGACAUGAGCGUUAACGCACCAAAAGGGUUGUUUCCGCCUGAACCUGAGCAUUAUCGAGGACCCAAGCUGAAAGUGGCUAUUGUUGGAGCUGGGCUUGCAGGCAUGUCAACUGCAGUGGAACUCUUGGAUCAAGGCCACGAGGUGGAUAUAUAUGAGUCGAGGCCUUUUAUUGGUGGCAAAGUUGGCUCCUUUGUUGACAAACGUGGGAAUCACAUUGAAAUGGGAUUGCAUGUUUUUUUUGGUUGCUACAACAAUCUUUUCCGAUUGAUGAAGAAGGUGGGUGCAAAUAACAAUCUACUUGUAAAAGAUCACACUCACACUUUUGUUAAUAAAGGAGGUCAAAUUGGAGAACUAGAUUUUCGGUUCCCAGUUGGAGCACCAAUACAUGGGAUAAGGGCAUUUUUGACCACAAAUCAGCUUAAUACCUAUGAUAAAGCUAGAAAUGCCGUGGCUCUUGCACUGAGUCCAGUUGUCAAAGCUCUUGUUGAUCCAGAUGGUGCACUCAGGGACAUAAGGAAUUUGGAUAGUAUUAGUUUUUCAGAUUGGUUUUUAUCCAAAGGUGGCACACGCAUGAGUAUUCAAAAAAUGUGGGAUCCAGUUGCCUAUGCCCUUGGGUUUAUUGACUGCGAUAAUAUCAGUGCCCGCUGCAUGCUUACCAUAUUUGCAUUGUUUGCCACAAAGACUGAGGCUUCCCUUUUGCGAAUGUUGAAGGGUUCACCAGAUGUUUAUUUGAGUGGUCCCAUCAGGAAGUACAUCACGGAUAGAGGGGGCAGGUUCCAUCUUAGGUGGGGAUGCAGAGAACUACUUUAUGACAAAACGGAUGAUGGGAGUAUUUAUGUUACAGGACUUUCCAUGUCAAAGGCUACUGCCAAGAAAAUUGUGAAAGCUGAUGCUUAUGUUGCUGCUUGUGAUGUCCCUGGAAUUAAGAGACUAAUUCCAUCGGAGUGGAGGGAACAGCAGUUUUUCAAUAACAUCUAUGAGCUAGUUGGAGUUCCUGUAGUGACAGUGCAACUCAGAUACAAUGGUUGGGUCACAGAGUUGCAAGAUCUAGAAAAGUCAAGGCAACUGAAGAAAGCCGUUGGUUUGGAUAAUCUUCUCUACACACCCGAUGCAGAUUUUUCUUGCUUUGCAGACCUGGCGCUUUCAUCUCCAGAAGAUUAUUACAUUGAGGGACAAGGAUCAUUGCUCCAAUGUGUUCUGACGCCAGGAGAUCCAUACAUGCCCUUACCAAAUGACGAAAUCAUUGCAAGGGUAGCAAAACAGGUUUUGGCACUGUUUCCAUCAUCUCAAGGUUUGGAAGUGACUUGGUCUUCUGUUGUUAAAAUUGGCCAAUCUCUGUACCGUGAGGGACCUGGCAAAGAUCCAUUUAGACCAGAUCAAAAGACACCAGUGAAGAAUUUCUUUCUUGCUGGCUCUUACACAAAACAGGACUACAUAGACAGCAUGGAAGGUGCAACUUUGUCUGGCAGACAAGCUUCAGCGUAUAUCUGUGAUGCAGGGGAAGGAUUAGUGGCAUUGCGGAAGGAACUUGAUGCUGAGUUCAAAGACGACCUAAAGUUUACAAAUACUAAAGAUGAAUUGAGCCUAGUAUGAGAAAUUUCCUUGUGGGGUAGUCAAAGUCGACGUGAUGCAAGUUUGUUCUUUUCGCAUGCAACAUUUUAGAAUAUAUAUUCAAUCGAAAAGUAAUUACAGAAAUAAUUGUUUCAAAGUGUAGCUCAUAGUUCAAAAAUCCCGUGUCUAUCAAUUGCGUUGAAUGCAGCAUUGUUAAAUGAAUAAUAGCUAUACGAAUUAUAUUAUAGCCACCAGUUAGUUGCUUUCUAAAA